AAAAAAGGAAAGCCAUUUAUUUCAGCGGGCUUUGUCUUGGAUCUGGGCAGGGUCCCGAGCUGGUGAUUUCAAAAAUGAGGGAAAAGCGCAACAUGCUUCCUUAUUCUAAUUAGUAGGGGAGGAAAGGGUGAGUCAUGUUACACUAGCUAGUAUCUUCCUUCCCUCUCUAUAACGGCUAAAUUGUAGCUUUAAAAGGAAGUGACAUGGGGUGGGGAGAGACGUCAGCUGAGGACCACUUUUUUUUUUUUCUUAAGGGUCCACCCUAUGGGUGGAGUCUAGCUUUCUUCCCAGUGUUGGCUGACUUAGAGCUCAUGUAAACUAGUGGCAAUUUCUGAGCCCUCACUCAGGCUUUUCCUCCCUUUCAGUUUCUGAUUCCCAAGUCCUCAUGUCAAGGUCUUCCAGACACGAGGCUUUCUUCUGAGUUCCUGGACUGCUCUCUCUUUUUAUUUUUCUUGAAAAAAUUCUACUGAAGAAGUUACUACGUACACAAAACCAUGGACCUCAUUGGGUUUCUGAAGUCUCAGUUCCUAUGCCAUUUAAUCAUUUGUUAUAUAUUCAUCGUGUCGGGGCUGAUCAUAAACACUAUUCAGCUCUUCACCCUUGUUCUCUGGCCGAUCAACAAACAACUCUACAGGAAGAUCAACUGCAAACUGGCUUAUUGCAUUUCAAGCCAGUUGGUGAUGCUGCUGGAAUGGUGGUCAGGUACUCAGUGCACGCUCUACACCGAACCCAAGGAUUAUGGCAAGUACGGGAAGGAAAAUGCCAUCGUAAUCCUUAACCACAACUUUGAAAUCGACUUUCUCUGUGGUUGGAACUUUUGUGAACGAUUUGGGGUCUUAGGGAGUUCCAAAGUACUGGCUAAGAAAGAACUUUCCUAUGUCCCUGUAAUUGGAUGGAUGUGGUAUUUCCUGGAAAUAGUAUUCUGUUCCCGCAAGUGGGAGGAAGAUCGUGAGACAGUCAUCCAGGGUUUGCUAAAUCUUCGAGAUUAUCCUGAAAACUUCUGGUUUCUGAUUCAUUGCGAGGGCACCAGAUUCACGCAGCAGAAGCACCAGAUCAGUAUGCAGGUAGCAGAAUCUAAAGGCUUGCCGAAACUCAAAUACCAUCUGCUUCCACGCACAAAGGGAUUUGCUGUCACUGUGAAGUGUUUAAGAAAUGUAGUUGCAGCUGUGUAUGACUCUACACUCAAUUUCAAAAACAAUGAAAAUCCAACACUCCUGGGAGUUUUAAGUGGAAAGAAAUAUCAGGCAGAUUUAUAUGUAAGAAGGAUUCCAUUAGAAGAAGUCCCAGAAGAUGAAGAACAGUGUUCCAGAUGGCUCCAUAAGCUUUAUCAAGAAAAGGAUGCCUUUCAGGAGGGAUACUACAGGACCGGCACGUACCCUGGCACUCCUAUCGUACCACCUCGGCGACCUUGGACUCUCCUGAUUUGGCUUUUCUGGGCUCUGUUGCUUCUCUACCCCUUGUUCCAACUCAUAGUUAACAUGAUCAGCAGUGGUUCCUCACUGACGCUGGCCAGUUUUGCUCUUGUCAUCUUUGUGGCAUCCGUUGGCGUUCGGCGCAUGAUCGGGGUGACAGAAAUUAACAGAGGUUCUACCUAUGGCAACAAUGAUAACAAGCAGAAACAAAAGUGAUUGGUUCAGGGACUCCUUUUCAUCCAAAGGGAACUUCAGAAAACUCUUGAUUCUCCUUGGAAGGACAGAGUGAUGAAGGUUGGAUGAGAGACUACUGGUGAUAUAUCUAAAGUCACCCUCCCAUUUGGGGAGGGGCUUGGUCUCAAAGCCAGAUGGGGAAGAAGAUGUAUUCUAAAUCCCCUCUCCUAACAUUUUUUAAGCGGGUUUUCUUUCUUUUCCUCUCUGAGUGAGUGAAUUGUGUGUGUGCGUGUGUGUGUGUAUGCGUGUAUAUCCAUAUAUGUGGAAGACCUAUGUUUUAUAAUAAUCCAAGACAUACUUUGGGGGUGGGGUAAGGGAUCCCUUUCAUCCUUUGGUGCUGAGUUUUCUGUAACCCCUCUAAAACGUUACCAGAGAUGGAAUAGAGAAUGCUUUUACAAAGAAGAGUAAAUAAUGCCUCCAAAAAAAAUUAACACGUAUGUCUGGCACAUCUGUGGUAUGUUUACACAGGCCUUCUUCACUCUCUCCCCUUUCCCUCUUCCUGGUGUGACAUUUUUGUGAUCUUUGUUGCAAGGUGAUUUGGAAACUGUUUAGACAGAGAGACUGACAUGUCAUACCAAGAGAUCACGAAGCCACUUAAAUGAAGCAGAUGAAUCAUAUAUGCCCAAAUCCUAGAGGAUAGGAUGAUAGUCUAAGAAUCUAGAGUAAUAGAUAUCCAUGCCCAGUGAGUAAGAAUCAGCAUAUGUUUGGAAGGGAGAAUGAAAUAGAGGAUUGGGGCAACUGUGUGGAAGCUUUUGAAUGGCCAAAAAAAAAUGCCUUUCUUUCCCCCGUUUGAUUCCUGGGUUACACUCCCAUGGUGUUUUUGCUGCUGUGAUUUCUCUGGCUUCCAUCUUGUUUGUCUCCAAGUCACCACCAGCAUGCCUGUGCCCUUCUUGCCCUCAAGACCAAAUAUAAUACAAUGACCUGGCAGAUGACUGCCUUUUGUGGGUGUUCCCUUGUCCAUGGCAUCAGCUAACUAAAAUGCAAAACUAAAUAGAAGCGUGAGUUCUUUGGCACAAUCCAGAAAUCUCAUCUCAUUUCAUCAUGGACUUUCACUUGAUUAAAAUGCUAUUUAGCCUUUUUUCAUUGCUUUUUUUUAAACAUCAUUAGCAGCUCUUGUUGAGCUACCAAAGUUCUGCUUUUGAUCAGGGCAGUGAUCUGUCUUCUGUAACUCCUAAUUUAUUAUACCAAAAGAUUUCUGUCCAUGAGGAUUUGGGGCAGAAUUUGGAAUGAUGUCCAGUAUGAAGGACCCCAUGCUAUCAUCUUCUUGCUAACCAAUACAGUCAGCUGCUAGAAAAAGCAAUAAUUUACCCAAAAGAGAACUGUUUCAUACAAGAUAGGUUCCUUUGGGGACAACUGUACUUCAGGUAGUGACAUCAAUGUUACACUCAGUCUGGUACUUAAAUAAUAGAUAUGUAUGAUGCUGGUCACUUCUGGUUAGUUUUCCGGGGAUUUCUUUUCAUGGACACCAACCCAAACCUAUUCAGCACUAAUGCAAAUAUUGAUUUUUAGACAAAUAUGAGUUUAAAGGCUCAUUCUGUUUAGAGAGCUCCACUUUCAGAUAACCUGUUUCUUAAUCAAACCAUUGAUAUUUAUGGAAUGUGACUAUGUUCUAGAACAGCAUUGAUGAACCUUUUAGAGAUCGCAUGCCCAAACUGUACCUUCAGGCUGCCUGUGAGCCCUUCACAUUAUUCCAGACAGUAGAGGGAGGAAGUGUUCCCUUUGGGCUGCACAGAGGGGCGGGGCAUGUAAACAUUGUUCCCAGGUGUGGUGGAGAGGGGGAAUGGAGCAGCCCCUUCCAGCAUGCCGGGGCACAUGUGCCCAUGAACUCACCAACACGGUUCUAGAAUAUACAAGGCAGAGGCCUUCCUAUUUAAAGAGCUUUUGGUCUAUGGGGAAGAACAAAAUAGAAACAAAUGAAAGCAAGAAACAGGUCUGAUUAUAUUUUGGAGUUGUGACUGUCAACAAAGCCAAUUUUGUAGAAGGCUUGCACGGUCAAUUUCAUUAUUUUAUGUCACUCCUUUGUGUAUAGGUACAUGUACACUUAAGAGCAGUGACUUCAGAAACAAACAAAAUCCUCCUCAUUUUCUGAUAACUAGACUACAGUGUCAAGAGACUAAUCAUGACUUAUUUUUAAACCCGCCUUUGAAUGUAAGACACAGUGUAAAGGGAGAACAUUCUGGUUCAUAUCAGUGGUAGUCACUUUUAUAACCAAAUACUGGAUGUGAUCUGGAGCUUCCACUAACUUUUAUCAUCCAUUCGUUGUUCCUUAAUAACUCUAGAGCACAAAAUAUUGUCCCCACGUUUAAGGAAUUUUUGUUUUCUUUGGAGAGAGUCACUGGAUUGGAAAUUGCCUUUUAUUCCAAUUUGACAAGGUCUUCUUACCUCUUGCUGCCCCUACUUUCUUUCUGGGUUUAACCCAUCCAACAAAGCGGUGUUAAAGACCUUAACAAAAAAUGAAAAAAAAAAACCCCAAGGGGCCUGAUUAAAUUGUUUCUCUUCCACAUUAAGGAACUGUAGAUUAAGACUCUCUCCCUCAUUUCUUCUUAGUAUCUGUUAGAAUCCUUAUCUUGGGAAAGGUGAGACCUCUCCAGGGCUUUCUCAGAAAACCAGUGAUUAUAGGGUGGGGGGGGAGUAUUUGUUGAAACUUACUUAUUCUUAGCUUUCAUAUUUGGGUUCUUUUAUAGUUAAAAAUGGACCAGGAAUUUAAAUUUUAUAGCUAUAUAUUUGAAACAUAAUUAGGCACGUCCUGUAUCUUAGUGAUAUUAGUACCUGCCUCAUUAAGAGCUGAUUAAAGAAGCUGUCCCCAUAACUAAUCAGGGCACAAAAUUUAAUAAACCUAUUUGGAGAUUAAAACUUGGAAAGAAAGCUUAUUUGCAGAUGAAGGAAGACUCUUCAAGAAGAUGCUGAGAAUGUCUGAAGGUGACUCGUUUUAUGGGAAAGAUGAAAAUGGGCAAAAAACAACUUCACUUGGGAAGCUGUUCAGUACAGCCCGCUUUCAUUUUCAAUCUUGGUUAUCUCCUACAGUCACAGCAUCUCUUUAACUGCUUGCAGCAGCCAUGUCCAUUUUUUUAAAAUCAAAAGUUAGAUUGCUCUGAGAAAAGACAAUUUAAAUGGCAAACAUAAGUGUGUCCACGAUUUAGUGUCCUGCCAUUAUCGAUAACGAACCUGACCCCUUAUAUUAGAGCUCACAGUAAAGACUUGCUGAUACUUCCUCUAAUGGCAGCCACCAGGAUGGUAGAGUCCAAAAAAGACACAUACUGGCCUACAGGAUACACUUUAUUUUUAAAAUUUGAGCAAGCUGAUGUUUUGGGGAGUCAUAACACUUCAGCAAAAUAAUGAAGCUACACUGUGAAGAAUCUGCCUCAGGAUCAUACAUUUUAUAUCUGGAACAGACCUUGGAAGCCAUCUAAUCUAGUCUCCCUGUUUUACAGAUGAGGGAACUGAGGCCCAGAAAGAGCUGGAAAAUUCAUAUAAUUUGCCCUGCUCAACUCUUAACUCCCCUAUUCCUUUCGAGAGAUGUUAUCUCAGACAAAAGAAGUUAUCAGUCUAACGGAUGGAUGUAGCACACAUUCCUUAGGUUGGGAUAAGUGAAUUUACAAGCCUUCUAGGCUUUCAGCCUAUUUAGAAAAGAAAAAAAGUCCAGUCAACACGAGCUAGUGGAUAGUAUCAAUAAAGCACUUGAUCACCUACUUUUUAGUUCUGUGAAUCAUAAUUUAAAAGCAAGAUGUACCCAUAACCAGAGUUCAAGUUUCAACUAUAUAUUGUUACCCAGUCCUUCUUUCCCUGAAGCUUUUGGGUGAAGUGUGUGUAAUCCUGCCUGGAAGGUACUUGCCAAAAUGUAAUAAAAUUCUUCUGAUUUACUGUAAUAAAAGUCGUACAUAUUGUCUUCAUUAGGCAUCAGUGUUUAUCCUCCGUAAGUGACUGUGUUUUACAAUUGCCUUAACAAAAGUAGUCUUAAUUUUGUUUACACGGGAAAAAAAUAAAAACAACUGAAGUACAAUGA